CCAUCUCCGACUUUUCUCAUGGCCACUCAAAGAGUGCUCAUUGCGACUUCAGGCGCGGCAUGCUGCAGGGCAAGAGGGUGGUGGAGCGUGUGAGCCUUUCACCUUGGCAUGAAGGCAGCGUUAUGCGCUGUACCGUCCAUAUGCCCAGCUGCCCUAGGUAAAAUCGACAGUCCGAAGACAUCGACACUUUCGCUGCGGUUGCGCACCCUUUGGAAGGAAGACGCGGGACCCGUCAAGCUCAGCCCAGGCACGCGGUGUGUUCCCGAACGAAUAUACAGGCUAAUUAUCGAGAACGUGGAUGAACCCACCGGAGCCGCUUGCCUCUCCGGUGCGAGAGCGUUCCGCAGCUUCGCCUCCAAAGUCUACCAUACAACGGACAAUGUGAGGGUUGGUGAACUAGGUCCAUCACAUUUCGGAAAGGCGAGAAAGCCAUGCACGACUCUCGUAUGGUAUCCUGUGAUUAAGUUUUCAAAUGGGACCGCGAGUCUGAUGCCUAAGCUCUCACCGUUCUAUUCUAACGCCGCCAUGAGACGUACGAGUAAUGCUGUCUAAAGCAUCGCGCCUAUGGGGAAUCCAGGGGCCCUAACAGCCUUCCUGGAUCUGGACGUGGUAGUCAAACCAUUCGGUUGCCAAGAGACAGGGCGUUUCCGUUUCCUCCCAAAACCCCGCCUUCACCGCCUCCUUUAACUGCCGAAUUUUCGAGCGACUUCUUCCCUCUCACAACAUA